AUGGGGACGACGAUCGAGGACGUCCUCGCGGGCGACGUCGAGGCGCUCGAUCGAUGCGUCGAACGGUUUUACGGGAGCGACCCGAGCGCGCGCGCCGAGGCGGAGCAAACGCUCCAGGCGCUUCAGGAGCACGAACAGACGUGGACCAAGGUGGAUGCGAUUUUAGAGACGUCGACAAACGCGAACACGAAAUUUUUCGCACUUCAGGUUCUGGACGGCGUCAUCAAGUACCGCUGGGGAUUGCUGCCGAACGAACAGAGAGAGGGGAUCAAAAACUUUGUGAGCAACUUGAUCAUCAAGCUGAGCGCGGACGAGGCGACGUUCCGAAGGGAUCGGGCGUAUAUUAACAAGAUUAAUAACGUGUUGGUGCAGAUUUUGAAGCACGACUGGCCGCAUCGCUGGCAGAGCUUCAUCCCGGAUUUGGUCGGCGCGGCGAGGACGGGCGAGUCGCUGUGCGAAAACUGCAUGAGCAUUUUGAAGUUGUUGUCCGAGGAAGUAUUCGAUUUUAGCCGCGGUGAGAUGACGCAAGACAAGAUUAGGUCGUUGAAAACGUCGCUGAACAGCGAGUUCAAGAUGAUUCACGAGCUGUGCGAGUUCGUGUUGACGCACUCGCAAAAGCCAGAGUUGAUAAAGACGACGCUGACGACGCUUAACGCGUUCUUGUCCUGGAUUCCGCUCGGUUACAUCUUUGAAUCGACGCUCCUGGACACGUUGCUGGCGCUCGCACCGAAUCCGGCGUAUCGAAACAUCGCUUUCCUCUGUCUCGCCGAGAUCGGUGCCUUGAACGUCGAGGCCAAGUACGAUGCGCACUUCAUCAAGCUCUACACCACGGCCAUCACGCACUUGGAGGGCAUCUUACCACGUGGCGUCAACGUCGCGGAGGCGUACGCGAAUGGCUCGGAUGAAGAGCAGGCGUUCGUACAAAAUCUUGGCAUAUUCUUGACGCAAUUCUUUAAAGCGCAUAUCACGCUUUUGGAAUCGAGCGGCGAGUUGCAGCAAAAGAUGCUCGUCGGCAUUGAGUAUCUCUUGAACAUUUCCUAUGUGGAGGAACCGGAGGUUUUCAAGGUAUGCCUCGAUUACUGGCACUUCAUGGUGUGCGACGUGUUCCAGUCCGACGGAUCCAGUGGCGCGGACGCGGACUUCCGAUUCGGGAACGAAUUCGGCGUCGCAAACGCCGAGCGCGGCGCUAACCGCCGCGUGCUCUACUCGGCGCCAUUCAGCAAGCUGCGUCUAUUGAUGAUCUCCCGAAUGGCCAAGCCCGAGGAAGUGCUCAUCGUCGAAGAUGAGAACGGUAACAUCGUCCGAGAGACGCUUAAGGAUAACGAUGUGUUGGUUCAGUACAAAAUUAUGCGUGAAACGUUGAUUUACCUCGCACACCUCGAUCACAAGGACACCGAGACGCUUAUGCUCGAGAAGCUUCACGCACAACUGAAUGGGCGGGACUACACGUGGCACACCCUGAACACGCUCUGCUGGGCCAUCGGUUCCAUCAGUGGUUCGAUGCAAGAGGAUCAAGAGAAUCGCUUCCUUGUCACUGCCAUCCGCGAUUUGCUCAACUUAUGUGAAAUCAUGCGCAUGAAGGAUCAUAAAGCCGUCAUCGCGUCCAACAUCAUGUACGUCGUCGGACAGUACCCGCGCUUCUUACGAUUGCACUGGAAAUUUUUGAAGACUGUGGUAAACAAAUUGUUUGAGUUCAUGCACGAAACGCACCCGGGUGUCCAAGACAUGGCUUGUGACACUUUUCUGAAAAUCUCAAUGAAGUGUAAGCGCAAGUUCGUGAUUUUGCAAGUCGGUGAGAACGAGCCGUUUGUUGACGAACUCUUACGAGGUCUUUCGGACACCAUCCGUGACUUGGAGCCGCAUCAAGUACACUCUUUCUACGAAUCCGUCGGGCACAUGAUUGGCAGCGAGUUGAAUCCAGCGAAGAGAGAGGAAUACGUUCAGCGAUUGAUGGCUCCGCCGAACAUGCAGUGGCAGCAAAUCAUGACACAGGCGCGACAAAACUCUGAAUGCUUGAAAAAUCAGGAUAUCAUCAAGAACAUUCUGCACAUCCUCAAGUCGAACACGCAUUUGUGCAUGUCCCUCGGACAGCCGUUCCAAAAUCAAAUGUCUGCCAUUUAUGCGGACGUGUUAAACGUCUACAAGUUGUACAGCGAACUCGUGAGCCAGAGCAUCGCGCAGGGUGGUCCGUACGCGAGCAAGUCUUCCCUCGUCAAGCUGCUUCGUUCGGUCAAGCGUGAGGUGCUUAGGCUCAUUGAAACGUUCGUUGAGCGUUGCGAUGAUCCGCAUUUGGUCGCUCAGCAACUCGUGCCGCAGAUGUAUGACCCGAUCCUCGGCGACUACGCGAGAAACAUCCCGGAUGCUAGGGACGCCGAGGUGCUGUCCCUCUUCGCGGCGAUCAUCAACAAGGUCGAGGGCGCGAUGACGGACGAAAUUCCAAAGAUCUUCGAUGCCGUGUUCGAGUGUACGCUCUCGAUGAUCACGAAGAAUUUCGAAGACUUCCCCGAUCAUCGUUUGAAGUUCUUCUUGCUUCUUCGUUCAGUGACAAACCAUUGCUUCCGUGCGCUCGUAGCCCUGAGCCCGGCGCACUUAAAACUCAUCAUCGACUCCAUCAUUUGGGCAUUCCGUCACACGGAGCGCAACGUCGCGGACGAGGGUUUGAAUUUGCUCUUAGAGAUGAUGAAGUAUUUCCAGCUUUCGGAGUACUGCAACCAGUUCCAUCAAAGCUUUUACCUGAUGACGAUGAGCGAAAUUUUUGCCGUCAUGACAGAUGGUUUCCACAAACCGGGUUUCAAACUGCACGCGCUCAUCCUACAAAAUCUCUUUGCUAUCAGCGAAAGCGAUCAACUGAGCGCGCCUCUUUGGGACGUCGCCACGAAGGGAGCGUCCGCGUAUCCUUCGAACGCCGCAUUCGUGCAAGAACACUGCGCUCAGCUGUUGUGCACGUCGUUCCCGAACAUGCCCCCGACGGAGGUCCAAACCUUAGUUCUCGGGAUGUUCCAGUGCAAGAAUGAUUUGGCGGCGUUCAAAUCGACACUUCGGGAUUUCUUGGUUCAAACAAAACAAUUUAGCAGCGUGGAUUUCGCGGAAGAGGAGCAGAGCAGAUUAGCCGCUCAGCGCCAGGCCAGACUUUCCGCAAUCCCCGGGAUGGUACAGAACGCCGCCGAUAUGGAUGACGACGAGGAGUGA